CUGUCCAUGUAAGCCUCCUGGCAAUCGGACAUACUGCUACUGUCGGAUAACCUUUUCACAUCAAUGGCCUUUAUGACAGCUGGUUGAAUGGUAUUUAUCACCUAGAGAUGAAAUACUAGAGAAGGCUCUAGAAACAGUUGGUUGAAAUAGAAAAGUGCACUGAAGUUAUUUUCAUUCCCUUAUGAGCUAAUUGACAUGUUGACUCUGCACCCUGUGUCACAUCUGAGCUGUUGUAACUGCUCCACUUUCCCUCACCUAUUAAUCCUCUUACCUCAAUUGAAAGCUUAUUUCCAUGUAGAUUAAGAGGCAGUGGGGCUAUUGAAAGUGUGCUAUAUUCUCCAUUUAAUAUGAGGAGGAUCAAGAAACCUUGUGGCUGGCAGGGUGUGCAACGCUAGUGAUGAGUGGUGGUGGCCGUCUGAGCUUGAAGGUCAGCCUCGCCCAGAGUAAUGGUUCUCUUUCAAGCCAUUGUCACUAAGUAAAUUAGCUGGGGCUCCACGUGUUGUUUGCUGUUCUGACACAGGAAUAGGAACCUCCAAUGGCCGUCCAAGCUGCUCUAGGUCAUCACUCCACAUUGGUCCAACCAGCACUGGUGAACAGAGGGAGAAGGUUUACAGUUCAGCCAUUAGUUAGUGAGACAAUUCAAGCCACUAAAAUAACGACGCUUUGACAGGUUGGGAGGACAGACCACAUGACAUAAGAAGCUUCCAUUUACAAACUACGCUAUGAGGACAGGGCCCAGCGAUGACUGAUGUGGAGCCUGUUGUCACUGACUUUGCAGCCACGGGGAGGACUGGCCGGAGGAACGCUGUACCUGAUAUCGUUGAGGCGGGGCCUGCUGACCUGUCAGACAAACUAGCAGAGCUUUCUGUUGUAGAUGGAGGAGAAGGAGGAGAGGGCUCGUCCUCUGGAAGCCCACCGAAGAGUCCUACAGAGGGCGAGGAGAAGGCAGAGGGGACGUAAUUGGGCCUUGGUCUCUGGCUAACUGACUACGAGAGAAGAUGGAGAACAAGAGAGAGACUGUCUCUAACAUGGACCACUUCUCCUCAAAGAAACCCCAUCGGCCAGACAACUGUAAUCGCCAUGCACCGUGCUAUGCAACAUCAGGACACCUAUGAUGAAAACUUAAAGAGCUGUUGGAUGACGAAGGGAAGGGAGAGCUCUGCCGCUAGGAAUGAAGUGGUUGUUUCUUUGUAGCUUUAAGGGGGGGGUAUUCAUUCAAGAUUACCCAUAAUUCAUUACAUGUACGGUGAAUGAGCCUGCAUUUAUGUCUUGUUCAUCUUAGCAUAUGCAGUGAACUGGUGAAGUGGCUGACAGUCGGACAUGACUCUGAAAAAUGUCAUUUCAUAUUUGAGCAAGAGUGACUUGUACAUACGUUGCAUACAGAGGUGUUCCAAUGAAAGCAUUUUCUCAGAAUGUCAACAUGUAGAUGCAGGAAUGUCUCUUUGCACAACAAAAGUAUAAACAUUCCAUUUGGUGAUGUAAGUACAAUUUUUAUCUUAUAAUUGUGGUUUAUUAGUGUGCUACAGUGCAACCUCUACUGUAUGUUUUUUACUGUUAAAAUCAACAUUAUUAACAACAAAGUCAUUAGAAGUAAAAAAAAAAAAAAAAAAAAAAUAUGUAUGUAUUUUCGGUCUGUAAAUAUAGUUUUACAUUAUAUUUGCCUCCCUGUAAAGAUGCAUUUCAAUGUCCACUGCAGCUAAUAAACAUUAUCCUCUACAUACGGCAUUGUUGUGAAUAUUUUUCAGAUGCUAUGAUUAAAAAAUCUAUGUUUGUUUGUUGUCUUUGUACAGGGGAGGCAUCUCAUUACACAGUGAAAUUGAUACCAACUUUGCGCAAUCAUUGGCAGUAAAAUGGUGAUUACAUUGUCUGUCCUACUUUUCCUUAGUCAGCUGCAAUAAUACAGUAUGUCAGAAGAGCUUUUCUUAGCCAUGAAAUCAGAAUAUUGUUGUGUUUGUCGCCAUUGAAAUUUUUAUUUUUUUAUUUUAUUUAUGUCUUAUACUGUAUUGAAACAGUGUCUGGUGACUGAUUUGGCCAGAGGAGGGCACCAAACAUGUCUUUCACGCCGACAUUAAUGGAUCUUUCAGAAUCUACUGGCAAAUACACAGUACAUUCUCUUUAUAACACCCUUUUUUAUUGACAUUAAAUAUAUAGAAAAUUGUUAACUGAAUAUAGAUAUUGAAACAAUAAAUGAAGGAUAAAUAUUUGUUCAAAUAUGGAUUAUGCAUGUUACUGUAGUAAGAAAUGCCCAUGCUAUGAAUUAGGCUACCCAUGUUAACUUACUCUGUAUCAAAUGUCAAAGCGCUUGGAGACAAAGCACUUGAACAUCUUCAGAGGGCCAAGUAAAAAAGAUGACUGUGUUCUAAUAGUAUUCAUACAUGCACAUGCAUACAUAUUCAUCACAUAUUUAAUCAGAAUAGUCAGAACCUGAUGUCAUGCUAUGGAAUAAUUACUGUAACCAUAGCCUACUCAAUAAUGCAAUACAUGAAUGUUCCAUUUUUACUUUCCUUCAGAUUUAUGAUACUGAAAAUAAAAAGCUUUUUUUGCCUGAAA